AUGGACGCGAUGGACAAUGUAAGCAUAUUGAAGAGAUUCGGGUGCAAUGUCCAGCACGAGGUUAACGUUCACACGAUGAGCUUCGAUAACAGCCUGAGCCUGCGACGCUAUGACCGCAUUGUCUUUAAUUUCCCUCACGCAGGGUCUCGUUUCUUCGGACGUGAAUUUUCCUCUAGAGCCAUCGAGGGUCACCAAGUGCUAGUGCAGGGGUUCCUCGAGAACGCUAAGGAGAUGUUGAAAGAGAACGGAGAGAUUCAUAUCACACACAAGACAACGUAUCCGUUUAGCGAUUGGGAGAUUAAGACUCUGGCUGAAGCAGAAGGUUUGAAGCUGGCUAAGGAGUCCGAGUUCGAACUGAGUCAUUAUCCGGGUUAUACCAACAAGAGAGGGAGUGGUGGACGUAGGAGUGAUGAUAACUUCCCUGUUGGACUAUGUUCUACUCUCAUGUUUAUCGAACGAGAACAUUGA